AUGGCAUCCUUUCGGGCACUCCGUUCGCGGUAUAACUCCUUACUCAAGCAAUUCAUCGCAUCCAACAAGGAAUUUGAAGUUCUAGCCACUAUUUCUACCAGUAAUGCGCCACCACCAGCCAGAAAUCUCUACGUACUCGAUUCCUCGUUCAAUCCCCCCACAUGCGCCCACCUGCGCAUCGCCAGCUCCGCGCUACUAGAACAAUCCGAGCCAGGAUCUCGGCUUCUGUUACUCUUGGCGACUCAAAAUGCCGACAAACCCUCCAAGCCAGCUUCAUUUGAGGAUCGUCUUGCGAUGAUGGAACUCUUCGCUCACGAUGUACGAUCUCACCUGGCAACCAUCAAGUCGUCACAAACAGGUACUGCAGUCACAGAAGACGGCCCCGCCAUCGAUAUUGCAGUCACCAAGAAACCGUACUUCAUGGACAAGGCAGCAGCCAUUGAAGCGUCUGGUAUCUACCCGGAACAACUUGAGCAAGUGCAUCUUACGGGCUUUGAUACAUUGAUUCGUAUCUUUGACCCCAAGUAUUAUCCUCCGAAUCAUGAUCUACAGCCUCUCGGCCCGCUGUUCUCGCGACAUCGUCUGCGGGUCACAUUACGACCUGGUGACAACUGGGGCAGUCUGAACGAACAGGAAGAAUUCAUUGCCAGUAUUGCUCGCGGGGAUCGAGAGAAUGAGGGUGGGAAGAGGGAAUGGGCCCAGAAGAUCCAACUCAUCGAGGGCAGAAAGCCCGGAGCUCCGUCUGUCAGUUCCACCAGAGCGCGUGAGGCGUCGCAAUCGGCCCCCGACGACUUGGAAUGGUUAGUCCCUGACAAUGUCCGACAAUUCAUUCGAUCUGAAGAGCUGUACACGAGCAAGACUUCAUAG